UAUGGUAACCAUUUCAAACACCUGCCUUACGUUUGCUUCGUCUUCGUGUGAAAAGUGUAUUUGCCGAAGUUUUAAAAGGUCCAAAAAGUUGUAAUGGCCACCCCGGAGCCUUCUGUGAACCACGAGCCUCCCAUCGACGUCCUGACCGUGUUCAGCGGUUCUUCCCCGGAGGACGUGUCGCACGCUCGGAAACUGUGGAGCUCAUUGUGCAUGGUGCCCCCGCUGGAGUCCCGCCUGGUGUCGGCGGACAUCCCGCAGAGGUUACCGGUGUCCCGGCCGGGGCGAAACGUCCACUCGGAGCCCUACAUCCCGGAGCCGCCGAACCCGGACGCGGUGCAACGGCGGCUGGAAGAGCGGCAGAAGUACAUGUCCAUGGCCGCCCAGAGGAAGGAGACCCUGGCUCUGUUACGAAGGCAAAGGGAACAGAGGAUCCAGAAGGAGCUGCUGUCGGCGGCCUUCAGGCCCAAACCACCUAAAGACAAAGUGUCCAAAGAGGAGACCUCAGAGGCGGACAUGGACAAGGAGCUGGUCAGACUACUUGACUGACCCACACAGUGCCUUCCCGAGUCUUCCCUCCUCGAGAUCUCCCGUUGUUUCCCCGGUGUUUUGGACUGCCUUCUUCGUUUCCCGACUCCUCACUCGCCCCUGGACUCUGACGUCUUUCUCUGCCCCACGGACCCCUCGCUGAUCUUGGACCCCUUUUGCCUUGCCCUCUUUGGACUUGUCUGCCUUUUCUCAUCAACACUUGGUAACACACUUCAGAUAUCUACACACAUAGUCUUACACCACACACACUCUUGUAUUUUAGUCACACACUCCAUUUCUAUAGUUUAGUUGUAUUGUUUAUUAUUAUAUAUCUUUAUUAUAUAUAAUAAAUUAUUGUAUAUACUGCCCCCUGGUGUCUGAGCCGUCACCUCCCCUCAGUAAACACAACAAACCUAAAAUCAUCAGCCCGGAGGUUGGGUCUUGGGCGCAGUUGGGUGUUCCAACAGGACAAUGACCCCAAACACACGUCAAAAGUGGUAAUGGAAUGGCUAAAUCAGGCUAGAAUGAAGGUUUUAGAAUGGCCUUCCCAAAGUCCUGGACAAUGCUGAAGAAACAAGUCCAUGUUAGAAAACCAACACAUUUAGCUGAACUGCACCAAUUUUGUCAAGAGGAGUGGUCAAAAAUUCAACCAGAAGCUUGUGGAUGGCUAUCAAAAGCGCCUUAUUGCAGUGAAACUUGCCAAAGGACAUGUAACCAAAUAUUAA